CCGCUCGGAGCAGGAAGGGGAACUCUUUAGCCGCGGACUGAAACCGGAAGCUGCUUUCCUAGCGGAGGGGCCGGUGGGGGAGGAGUAGGCUGAGGGGAACGUGAGUUGAACGUUGCACUCUGGUGUGGAGCUCAAGCCGGAACGGGAGUUCGGAGCGACCCGGUGCGAGGAAAGGGAGGGCCCGCGGCAGGAGCGUGGAAAUGGGGAGAGUUAACGGAACCCUGCGUCUCCUCAGGUUUCCAAGGUCGGGUUUUGAAAUUGACGUCUGUUGGUCUGUGAUUCAGGGCAGCUGGAUUGGGUACCAGUCAGGGUUGGGCGCCGAAAGCCGACCCCAUUCCUCGGUUUCAAGUCUGUUGUGACCUCGCCUUUGACAGCCCACUUGGUCUUGGAGGGAAAGCUCAAAUGGGGUAUAAGGCCUCUCUUGGAACAGCUGAUUCUCUGGGUUUCCCCAUUUUGCACACGGGACUGUGAUUUAAGCUUAAUUGCUUCUUUCGCUAUUCCAAGGGCCAACUUUACGCUUUCAUUGUGCUGUAACUGGGUCCAUACUGGGCUAGUAGUUCACAUUUGGGCAUUUGGAGCAUCAGUGGCCCACGAAAGUAAUGAAAGGGGGGGGGCGCGUCAGAAAAAAAAAAGUGCCGGGGGUGAAGUGGAGGAGAGGAGGCUUAGACUGAAAGCCAGUGGGCUCACAGUGCAAUGAGUUUUAGGUCAUAGCAGUACCUCAGGUCAUACUGAGAUAUUUGGACUUUCCUAUAAUCAGAUUGGAAUCAAUUGACGAUUUUAAGCUGAGCAGCAACAGACUCAGGCUUGUUUUAUAGAAGCCUCAUUUUGGCAGUGAUACAGAGUGGGGAUGGAAUGGAAAGAGGUGGGGAUUUGACACACUUCCAAAAAAACUGUCCGUAGAAUUUGAUAACUUUUACUAAGUAAAAGAGAGAGAAGUAAAAGCGUAGAGAACCACUCAGAUUGUCUGGCAUGUGUGUUCGAAGGUCGGAGGUGCCAGAAUCUAGGCGAGAUACAAUCAGGAGGAGCAGGUAAUUUUUGAAAGGGAGGGCAAUGAAGGCAGUCAUUUAGGGACAAAUUAAGUUGUAAGAAUCACCUUAGGGAUUUUUACAUGGGACAAAGUAAAUUGUAUUUAGAAGACCUGAAUAGCCCACUUCUGGUAUUUUAUUAAGCGAAUUUUCUUUUGGGGGGUUCUACAUAUUCAGGAUUUCAACCACCAACGUACCUGUUCUUGGUGGGAUCAGGAGAGCAGAUUUGAAGGCUCCUCAUGUUUUACUAUUGUAGUUUAGAGAGAAAGGGAGAGAACCAGCCGGAAAAGUUUUCUUAAGCCCUCAGGCAGAUGGAAAUUUUCAUCAAAAACAAUUUAUUCAUAAUACUUAGCUUACCAACUUUUCUUUUGAGAAUACUACAGAAUGAUACAAGAUGUGCCGAGUAUUUUCUGCAAAAAGUAUAAAAUUAGCACCAAAUAGUAGUUAAAAUUUACUGCAUGUCAGAUGCUAAGCAUUUUACAUUUAUUAUCGCAUUUAGUUUUUAGGACAAACCAAUUUUACAAAUAAAUUCUGAACCUAAAGCUCAUACUUUUAGCCACUCCGGCACCAUAGAAGUUUGACUUUUUCUAUAUAGGUCUCCUUUAUAAGUAAAUUUUAAAUAGAACCAGCCAGAGAUAACAAAUUGGUGUUGUCUGUGAGGAGCUUAAAAAAGAAAGUUAGCACCAAACUUGUUUUUACUCUUUUGACAGCGGUUCUCAUUGGGACAGUUUUGCCUCCUGGGAAGUAAGGUGGAGGGAUGUGGACAUUUGGAAAUGUCUAGAGACAUAGUCACAACUGAGGGGUGGGUGUCUUGGCUUCCAGCACAUAGAGGGUUCAUUGAAAAAUCCUUAGUGAUAUUGACAUGUUUCAAGUGAAAUAAAUUAGCCAGUGACUCGGAAUGAUGGAUUCCCCGAAGAUUGGAAAUGGUUUGCCAGUGAUUGGACCAGGGACUGAUAUAGGGAUAUCUUCACUCCACAUGGUGGGGUAUUUGGGAAAAGAUUAUGAUUCAGCUAAAGUCCCGUCAGAUGGGUAUUGCCCUGCUUGUAGGGUGAAGGGAAAGUUAAAAGCCCUAAAGACGUACCGAAUUAGUUUUCAAGAAUCUAUCUUUUUGUGUGAGGAUCUGCAGUGCAUCUAUCCCUUGGGCUCUAGAUCACUUAAUAACUUAAUUUCUCCUGAUUUGGAAGAAUCUCACACUGUAAAUAAGCCUCAAAAGAGGAAGAUCUUGGAAACUGACUAUGAAGAUUCACCUCUUUUAGCAAAUUCCAAAAAGACUAAAAAUCCUAUUGGUAUUAAUGGUGAACAAGUUUUGAACAGUCAGCAUAAUGGAGAAGGAUAUGAUGGAAACUCAUCAGACUUACCUGGUUUACUACACAGUGGUCAACAGAAUCCAGUUAGGACGGCUGAUUCCUUGGAGCAGAAUGAGAUUUUGGAAGCUGAUACUGUUGACAUGGCUGCUGAAGAAGAUUCUGCUACAGUUAAUGUUUCUGAUGGGACCUUCCCUCAGAAUGAAGGAUGCACAUCUGAACUGGAAAUGCCAUUGGAGAGCAGACGUACCUCAUUUUGCCAGACUUCAUGUGUCCAGUGGAAAAAUACACAUGCUCUCUGCUGGUUAGACUGUAUCCUGUCAGCAUUGGUGCACUUGGAAGAGCUGAAAACCACUGUAACUGGCCUGUGCUCUGAAGAGGAAUCUGUGUUCAGGCAGUUGUUCACUAAGUACAAUCAAGCCAGUGAGCUGCUGCACACCAAUCAGUUGGAUGGAGUUAAAGAUGGAGAUUGUAAAAAACUUACUUCCAAAAUAUUUACACAAAUAGAGACCUACCUGAAUGAAGUCAGAGAUGAAAUUUUUAUUAAGCUUCAGCCUCAGCUUCGAUGCACAUUAGGUGAUAUGGAAAGCCCAGUGUUUGCAUUUCCUCUGCUCUUAAAAACAGAACUGCAUGUUGAAAAGCUCUUCACAUAUACUUUUUCUUGGAAUUUUGAAUGCUCACAAUGUGGACACAAGUAUCAAAACAGAUAUAUGAAGAAUCUGGUCACCUUUACAAAUGUCAUCCCUGAUUGGCACCCACUUAAUGCUGCCCAUUUUGGUCCAUGUAACAAUUGCAACAAUAAGUCGCAAAUAAGAAAAAUGGUAUUAGAAAAAGUAUCUCCCAUAUUCAUGCUGCACUUUGUGGAAGGCUUACCGCAUAGUGACCUGGAGCACUAUUCAUUUCACUCUGAAGGCUGUCUUUACCAAAUAACUUCUGUAAUUCAGUACCAAGCAAACAAUCAUUUUAUAACAUGGAUUUUAGAUGCUGAUGGAAGUUGGCUGGAAUGUGAUGACUUAAAAGGCCCAUGUUCUGAAAAGCGAGAGAAAUUUGAAGUUCCUUCUUCAGAGAUACAUAUUGUUAUCUGGGAAAGAAAGACAUCCCAAAUGACAGACAAAGCAUCUGCCUGCUGUCUCCUUAAAAAGACUAAUGAGCAACAUGAUUUCGGUGAUGAGAAACAAGUUUCGCCAGCAUUGUGUUCUGUGGGUGAUGCUGCCUCAGCCCAAACGUCCACAGGAAAUCACCCUACAGACGUGUCAGUUGGUCCUAAUACUCUUUCACAAGAUGAAGCUGUAGCCCUUGGACAUCAUUUACUUUCAGAUCCGAAAGAUUUGGUUGACAAUAUUUUACCUUUGACCCUUGAAGAAAUACAGGUUAACUCUGAAGGUUUUUUAUUAGAACAUAAACCUGUGGCAGAAAAUACAGGAGUUGUCAAAACAAAUACUUUGCAAUUGCGAGAGUCAGUAAUGGCUUCUUUAGUAUCAGCUCCAUGCAAGGACAAGCUUGCGCAAGACCAUUUUGUGGAUUUAAACUUUUCAUCUCCUCUUGUAAAUACAAACAUGACAUCACUACAGCUGAAUACAGAAGAUGCUGUAGUUAGUAAAUCUGUGAAUGGUAUUCAUGCUACUGACCCUGUACAGGGAGUAAAGUCAGCAGAAACAGAACGUACAGUUGCCCUAGAGAAGGAUUCUCCACCAAAACAAUUUCUUUCACCAAAAACUGAGAAGUUAAAACCAGAACAACGUGUUAUAUCUCAGGUGUCCAAUUUGAAGGAAAAGGAAACUGCAGCAUUGUCCAAGUCAUUACAAAAUCCAUCUCUGAAAGAAAAUCAGAAGAAGCCAUUUGUGGGAAGUUGGGUUAAAGGCUUAUUAAGCAAGGGUGCUUCUUUUAUGCCACCUUGUGUUUCAGCUCAUAAUAGAAACGCUAUAACUGAUCUGCAGCCUUCAGUUAAGGGGGCAAGUAAUUUUGGUGGCUUUAAAACUAAAGGUACAAAACAGAAGGCUAGUCGGGCAUCCAGGAAAGCUCACAGAUGUGCAAGUAAGUCUCCUCCAGUUAGUAACCCUUCACCAAGCCAUUCAUCGUCAGUCAGCACCGCUUCUCUGCAAGCAAGUAGUAGUGGUGACUCGGAAGUUCCGAAGAAAUGUGGAAACACCUCAUAUGGAGCUAACCUCAACCACAGUUCUCAUGGGAAUGAAAAUGGUGUUUCUGCAGCAAACCAUGGGGACCCAGUUGAGGGUCAGAUUCAUAAACUUCGUCUAAAACUUCUUAAAAAACUUAAGGCAAAAAAGAAGAAAUUAACUGCUCUUAUGUCUUUCCCCCAAAAUGGAACACUUCCAAGUGAAAAUUCAGAACAUGUGUCCCAUUGUGGGUCUCCCGAUGAUUGUGAAUCAAUAGAAGACUUGUUAAAAGAACUACAAUAUCAAAUUGAUAUUGCCGAUAGCAAAUCUGAAUGCACCACAGUUUCUAGUGUUUCCCCAUACAAGAGUCAAACUCAUGAAGAAAUUUUAGCAGAACUACUGUCUCCAACUGUUGUUUCAACAGAGCUCUCAGAAAAUGGGGAGACUGACUUUCGAUAUUUAGAAAUGGGUGAUAACCAUAUCCCAGCACCAGUUCCUAAUGAAUUAAACAAUACUCCCCAAAACACACAUCUGAGACAGGAUCAUAAUUACUGCAGCCCCACCAAGAAGCAUCAGUGUGGAGUGCAGCCAGGCUCACUCACAAAUAACGCCGACGUUAGAACGUUGAACUCGGAAAGUCCCAUGAAGGCUGAUAUUUUUGAUGAGUUUUUUUCUACUUCAGCGUUGAAUUCUUUAGCAAAUGACUCAUUAGACUUGCCUCAUUUUGAUGAGUAUCUGUUUGACAGUUGCUGAAUGCUUAAUGACUCUUAGUUUAAUAUUUAUUUAUUACUCUUGGGAAGAUGUACUGUUUCUAGAUAGCGUUUACACACUGGCCUUGUCGUGAACAAAAUGUAAGCUACUGUAGGUUUUACAUUUGGUUAUGCCCACAAAGCAUGUGAUCUGUUUUAUAGAUUUAAGUGAUCAGGAAUUCGUUCUCUUUGUUGGCUUCAUUUUGUAUUUGUAGGAGAAUGCAGAUAUCAAAAUGUUAAAAAUGAAAAGUAGUGUAUAGUUUCUGGCAGUUUGUACAACUAGGUACAUUAAAUUUUUACAUUUUAAAUUUUAGUUAUGUAAGUUCGAGAAAAACACUAGUUGAUCCAAACAAAUUCAUUGUGUAAGAUAUAUGAAUGUGUGACUUUUGUAAUGGUUCUGUGGUCUAUAUAGGAGCCCAAGCCUGUUUCUUGUGCUGGUAGAGUGGUGUGGAAUGUGAACUCCCCUGUACAACUUGUCUCCUCUUUCUUCCUUAUAAAAGAUGGAAGGAAACUUGUUUCUACAACUUUAUAUAAUGUUAAAUGAUCAGAAAAUGAUCUAUAACAAGGAAAAGUAAUUUAUUUUUGUGUUGAUGUGCUAAGAGUUUACGUUAUAAGUAUCAUCUUUCUCCCCCAAGACAUUUAUUUCUGUAACCGAGGUGGGUCACCAUCCAGCAGUUAGCUUGGGGAGAAAAUAAUAGCCAGUGCAUGUAAGGCUUACUGUAUGUCGGAUUCUGUUAUAUAUGAAACAUAAUUUAUUAAACCUCAGCAUCCCUACAAGCAGGGUACUUUUAUCUCAUUUAACAGAUAAGGAAAGAGCACGGAGCUAGUAAGCUGUAGAGCUGGGAUUGACAGGAGUGGUUACGAUAGCAGUUGAGAGUGCUGAACUUGAUACAUGUUCCACCUCUAGCUUCAUUUAAAGUUUGGAUGCUCAAACAGCGCCAGUGCUAUUGUGAUUUGAAUUAGUAGCAGUAGUUACUAAGGUUUAAGUGUGGCAGUCUUGGGCAAAAUACUUUGCUAGGGACUCAGUACUUCAAAAUUAUUUGUCAGAGUUACUCCCAACCCCCCUCCCCUUUUUUUUCUGAUUACAAAAGUAACACAUGUUUGUUGUAAGGAAAAACUGGGAAAAUACAGGAAAACACCAAGAUGAUUUUGGAGCAUUCAUCUUAACACUCAGUGGAAAUAACUAUUGCAGUCAUUUUCAUAUUUUUAUGCAUAUAAACUUUAAGAAAUAAAAAGAUUCUGUUGUA